GGUACGUGGCGCGCGGUCCUGCUGUAGGUUCUUGUGUCACGAGCCUUACCGAGCCGCGGAGGCAGAAUUAGUGCGGACCGGACAUUUCAUUUAUCAGGUUUAAACAGAACAGGUGUUUAAUGUCAUAUCGAUGAUCGGCAGGUAACUCUGUCAGCUGAGUGUUUCCGGUCAGCCGGUGAUGUUUCCAACCAUUUGAAUGAUAUCGCUAGCCAGCUAGCUAGCUAGCUGUGGAGCUAGCUUUACGGUGCGUGACUCGAAGUAACUUAACGUUAAAUCAUCGGACGUUAUUUUCAUGAACGGAUCUGACCGAUUCUAGAAACAUCCACGGAGUGUCUUUAAACCUGAAUCAACACUACAGGUGAGCGCGGAGCUGCUAACGUUAGCCUGAGAAGGAUUGAAUGAAAUAACGUUAGCUUGUCAUAGCAGCGGAAACGAGCCAGUUAACCGGGAUAACUUCUCCCUCUGCGGGUUUAACCACCGACAUCCAGCUAAUCUGCUACGCGCUAAGGGAGCUAGCCACCCACCGACACACCGUCACACCGCUAACAGGCACUCAUAGGGCUGCUACCAGCGUCAGGUUGGCCCUUUGCAGUCAGGAGAUCUGACCGUCGGUUCACGGUAACGGAUCAGGCCGGAGAGAGGAGCUGACCGUCGGUUCACGGUAACGGAUCAGGCCGGAGAGCAAACACCAAGCUGCCAACAUGCCGGCUGUAUCGAAGGGAGACGGGAUGCGCGGAUUAGCGGUUUUCAUCUCGGACAUCAGAAACUGUAAGAGUAAGGAAGCCGAGAUCAAACGGAUCAAUAAAGAGCUGGCCAACAUUCGCUCCAAGUUCAAGGGAGACAAAGCUCUGGAUGGAUACAGCAAGAAGAAGUACGUGUGCAAGCUGCUCUUCAUCUUCCUGCUCGGACAUGACAUCGACUUCGGACACAUGGAGGCCGUCAACCUGCUCAGCUCCAACAAGUACACCGAGAAGCAGAUCGGUUACCUGUUCAUCUCCGUGCUGGUGAACAGUAACAGUGAGCUCAUCCGUCUCAUCAACAACGCCAUCAAGAACGACCUUUCGAGCCGUAACCCCACCUUCAUGUGCCUUGCGCUUCACUGCAUCGCCAAUGUGGGGAGCCGUGAGAUGGCCGAGGCCUUCGCCAGCGAGAUCCCCCGGAUCCUGGUGGCUGGAGACACCAUGGACAGCGUGAAGCAGUCCGCCGCUCUCUGUCUGCUGAGGCUCUAUAAGACCUCUCCUGACCUCGUGUUGAUGGGGGAGUGGACGUCUCGUGUGGUUCACCUGCUAAACGACCAGCACAUGGGUGUGGUGACAGCUGCCAUCUCUCUCAUCACUUGUCUGAGUCAGAAGAAUCCGGAUGAGUUUAAGACCUGUGUGUCCCUGGCCGUGUCUCGUCUCAGCAGGAUUGUGUCGUCAGCCUCCACCGACCUGCAGGACUACACCUACUACUUUGUCCCUGCACCGUGGCUCUCCUGCAAGCUGCUGCGCCUGCUGCAGUGCUACCCUCCUCCAGAGGAUGGCGCUGUUAAAGGUCGUCUGGUGGAGUGUCUGGAGACCAUCCUCAACAAGGCCCAGGAGCCACCCAAGUCCAAGAAGGUUCAGCACUCCAAUGCCAAGAAUGCCAUCCUGUUCGAGGCCAUUUCCCUCAUCAUCCACUACGACAGUGAGCCGAACCUGCUGGUGCGAGCCUGUAACCAGCUGGGCCAGUUCCUGCAGCACAGAGAGACUAACCUGCGCUACCUGGCUCUGGAGAGCAUGUGCACUCUGGCCAGCUCCGAGUUCUCUCAUGAAGCUGUGAAGACGCACAUCGAGACCGUCAUCAACGCCCUCAAGACUGAGAGGGACGUGAGUGUUCGGCAGCGAGCGGCUGAUCUGCUCUACGCCAUGUGUGACCGCAGCAACGCCAAGCAGAUCGUAGCUGAGAUGCUGAGCUACCUGGAGACCGCAGACUACUCCAUCAGGGAGGAGAUGGUGCUGAAGGUGGCCAUCCUGGCAGAGAAGUACGCCGUGGAUUACUCAUGGUACGUGGACACCAUCCUAAACCUGAUCCGCAUCGCUGGAGACUAUGUCAGUGAGGAGGUUUGGUAUCGUGUCAUCCAAAUCGUCAUCAACCGUGAUGACGUGCAGGGCUACGCCGCCAAGACGGUCUUUGAGGCCCUGCAGGCCCCCGCCUGCCAUGAGAACAUGGUGAAAGUUGGAGGCUACAUUCUGGGAGAGUUUGGAAAUCUUAUUGCUGGUGACCCUCGAUCCAGCCCCCUGGUCCAGUUUAACCUUCUUCACUCCAAAUUCCACCUGUGCUCGGUGCCCACCCGCGCCCUGCUGCUGUCCGCCUACAUCAAGUUCAUCAACCUGUUCCCAGAGACCAAGGCCACCAUCCAGGAGGUGCUGCGCUGCGACAGCCAGAUCCGAAACUCCGACGUGGAGUUGCAGCAGAGAGCCGUGGAGUACCUGAAGCUUUCCUCCAUUGCCAGCACUGACGUCCUGGCGACCGUCCUGGAGGAGAUGCCUCCGUUCCCAGAGAGGGAGUCGUCCAUCCUGGCUAAACUGAAGAAGAAGAAAGGCCCGGGCGCCGUGUCUGUGACCGAGCUGGAGGACAACAAGAGGGAGGGAGGAGAGCUGAACGGAGGGGGCGAGAGGGGCCCUGACACGUCAGCCAUGGCGGCCUCUAACGCUUCCACCCCGUCUCCGUCAGCUGACCUCCUCGGGAUUCGUUCUGCGGUUCCUGUCGGUGCUGCUCCAGCAAGCGCUGGCAGCCUAUUGGUUGACGUGUUCUCUGAGGCGGGGCCUGCUGCAGUCUCUGCUGCUGUGAACGAUGACGGCUUCCUCAGAGAUCUGGAACCGCCCACCGAGACCUCUGACUCCCUAUUGGUGGAGGGUUCUGGUGACUCGGACUCUGCUCCUCCCUCUGAGGAUCCUGCUGCUCCUCUUCCUGAGGCAGAUGAACUUCUCAACAAGUUUGUCUGCAAGAACAACGGAGUUCUGUUUGAGAAUCAGCUGCUACAGAUCGGCAUCAAGUCUGAGUACCGUCAGAACCUGGGGAGGAUGUACUUAUUCUACGGUAACAAGACGUCGGUUCAGUUCGCUAGCUUCACCACCACAGUCAGCUGUCCUGGAGAGCUGCAGUCUCAGCUCAACGUUCAGACCAAACCAGUUGAGCCACUGGUAGAGGGUGGAGCUCAGAUCCAACAGGUGCUCAACAUCGAGUGUCUGACCGACUUCUCAGAGGCUCCACUGCUCAACAUCAAGUUCAGAUACGGUGGAGCUCUGCAGAAUCUCACCCUGAAGCUGCCCGUCACCAUUAACAAGUUCUUCCAGCCCACUGAGAUGGCGUCCCAGGACUUUUUCCAGCGCUGGAAACAGCUCAGCCAGCCUACACAAGAAGCACAGAAAAUCUUUAAGGCCAGUCAUGGAAUGGACACUGAAGUCCUGAAGGCUAAGCUGCUGGGACUAGGAACGGCCCUGCUGGACAACGUCGAUCCAAACCCAGAGAAUUAUGUGUGUGCUGGAGUGAUUCAGACUAAGGGCCAACAGGUGGGCUGUCUGCUGAGACUGGAGCCCAAUGCACAGGCACAGAUGUACCGUCUGACUCUGCGCUGCAGUAAGGACUCAGUCUCCAAGCGUCUCUGUGAGCUGCUGGCAGAACAGUUCUAGAGUCCAGACCGGACCAGGACUCCCACCAUCCCUACCAGCCAGCUCCCCCCCUCCCCCUCCCUCCAAUGAAGAGUCUCUGAGUAAACCAGUUGUAACCUACAUAAGGGAAAACAGCCACUGCUAGCAGCAGUGUCCAUAUUCUGUCAUUCCCCUGACCCCUCGUUUAUUAACAUGAUGCUUCUUCUUGUUUCUGUUGGUGUUUACCUGUGUAGCUGCUGGCCAACACUCUGACAGCGUGUGUGUGUGUGUGUGACAGAGGGUGUGUGUGUCUCUGGGUUGUGCUGGGGUCCCAUUCUGCUGCAUCCUGACUGCUCUGUAGUGCUCAUCAUAGACGCGAAUACACACCACACCUGUGUGUGUGUGUAAGAGGGAGAGAGACAUUAGAAAAACAUUCCUUUCAGAGAGAUCACACACAUACACACACACCUUGAGGUCCAGCUGUCCCUCGUUUCCCUCAAACAUUCCCAUAGACAGUCAGCUGGAGUUGUUGGGACGGUCUCUAAGCCCCGCCCCCUUCCUUUACAUUUCCUCCUGAUCUGUCCACUCGUGUGUUAUCAGUGUGUGUGUGUGUGUGUGUGUGUGUGUGUGUGUGUGUGUUAGUGUGUAAAUAUAUGCUGGUGUGUUCCUGUUGUGUUUCUGAGACAUUCCCAUCAUGCUGGUUGAGAGGACAGCACAGAGUGGACGCAGUGGGGACGGGGACGGGGUGAGACACUCAGGUGAAGUCCCCUCUGUGCAGCUGCUCUCCUUCUCCUUUUGCUUCAUCUACACUAAUCCAUCCAGGAACUUUUCUAACCAGCUUCUUUUCAGGACACUAAAAUGUUCCAGAUUAAAUCAAAAAGACACACCUGUAAUCCACCAAUUAGAAAGGGUCAGCACGGCGAGGCCCCACCCCCCAAAGAUUGUGCACUUCCACUUCGUAGCUCCCUCAGAGCAGGAACCUUCUGAAGGAGAAAUCGUUAGUUUGUUUGUGACUUCACUGAUGGAGGCUCACAGAUAUCGAUCCACUUUAACCUUACUGUGAGCUUUGAUUGACAGUUCUCACGUCUUAUGACAGCAGCAGGCUGAUCCUGAUGUCUGGAACAACAAUAAAAUAUGUUGGUGUCACACUCAGUGGGGGAGGGGGGGGGGGGCAGGAUGUCAGACACCCGCAUGUCCAUUACAACCACAGGGGACUCAGUGUGUGUGUGUGUGUGUGUGUGUAUAUGUGAGAGAGAGUGUGGCUGUAAGCAGGUAAUAAUAAAAAAGAAGCCUAAAGACAUUUCUAACCUAUGGUCACAUGACAUUCAGACAGGAAGUUGAACUGUGUAGUGUAGUCAUUCUGUGUGUGUGUGUGUGCGCGUGUGUGUGUGUGUGUGUGUGUGUGUGCGUGCGUGCGCGUGUGUGUUUGCAGUAUCCACUAGCUGUUGCAGCCUCAUGUAUCGGUGUUAAAGACCUGUCCAUUACCUGUGUUAGAAUAAGAUUUACUCUGUAAUGAAGAAAUGUGAAAGUAAAAUAUGCCAUAUAUCCAAAA